AUGGGCAAGCUAAUUUACAUGAGCAGCGUCACAGAUCCAUACCAGCCGGUUGAGCGCGAAUUGAACCUGACUCGCAGAGUGCUGGAAAUCAUGGCUGAACGACACAAGCCGAAGCUUGUAGUCCAGACGCGCAGCCCGGAUGUCGUGCGCGACAUUGACCUAUACCAGCAGAUAGAAGCCAACGGUGGCCGCGUACAGGUGAAUAUGACCGUUACCACCGACGAUGAGGAUGUACGGCGCACGUUCGAGCCGUUCUGCCCGUCCAAUACGGUGCGGCUGAAGGCAAUAAGCGAAGUGCAGGAUGCAGGGGUUGAGACCUGCAUCACGAUGACGCCCGCUGCUUCUGGAGACCUCACCUUGUGGAAUAGACCGACUUUGCACGAUGUGAUUCGGGCGCGGGGACGCAUUGCGCCUUAUGUGUGGCGCACUCCCCUGCACCACUACCUUUCGCUCGAUAAGCUGCUGGAUGCCGAAGUCUGGGUGAAGCACGAGAACCACCAGCGUUUGGGCGCGUUCAAGAUGCGCGGCGGGAUAAACCUGCUUUCGCAGCUGUCGGACGAGGAGAAGGAACGGGGUGUUAUCACUGCUUCGUCAGGCAAUCAUGGACAGUCCAUCGCAUACGCGGCGGGUAUCCUUGGCAUCAAGUGCAUCGUGUGCGUGCCUGAGGGCGCGAACGCCGGCAAGGUGGCAUCCAUUGAGAGCCUCGGCGCGCAGGUCAUUCAUCACGGCCCAUACUUCGACUUUACCAACGAGUACGCGCAGCGGCUGUCCAAAGAAGAGGGCUACCGCUAUGUGCAUGCGGUCAACGAGCCGAUGUUAAUCGCGGGUGUAGGCACAUACACGCUGGAGAUUCUGGAAGACCUGCCGGAUGUGGACUACAUCAUCGUGCCUCUAGGCGGAGGCAGCGGCGCGUCCGGGGCUUGCAUCGUCGCAAAGAGCGUCAACCCGGACGUCAAGGUCGUCGCAGUGCAGGCUGAGAGCGCACAGGCUGCGUAUCUGUCCUGGAAGGCAGGCGAGCUUGUAGAUGCGCCCAUGGAGUCUAAUGCAGAGGGACUGGCGACCGGUAGAGGGUACGCAUUGCCGCAGAGCAUCCUGCGCGACCUGCUUGACGACUUCAUCCUGGUAUCGGAUGAGGAGAUGGAGCAGGCAAUCGUGCUGCAUCUGGAGAACACGCAUAACCUGACCGAACAUGCAGGCGCAGCGUCUUUGGCCGGCGCGCUGAAAAUGAAGGGACAGGCUGCGCGGCAAGAAGGUCGCGCUGGUUAUGAGCGGCGGCAACCUGUCGCUGGAUCAUCUGCGGGCUGCGCUGGAUAA